AUGUUGCAAGCAUUCAAGAACUACGUUUCCCCAAGCCAACAGCUAAGACUUGUGCUUCUGGAUUUUAAAGAUCCAAAAACAUUCAAUAGAAUCAUAACCACCUCUGACGAAUCUCUUGGAGGAUUCUCUACCGUUCACUUUGAUCCAUACAGAGAUGAAGACACGGGGAAUUUGUGCGCACGAUUCCACGGAAAUCUGAACCUUAACCUCCCGGCUGACCCCAAGGUGAAGGAUUCCGGAUGGGCGAUGUUCAAGACCAAAGAUCGCCAGAGAAAACACUCUUUCAGGCCGUUCUAUUUAAGCAAGCGAUUUGCAAAUUUCUGGUGGGACCUGUCUACGUUCUACGCUGUUCAUUUGCGGGUUAAAAACCAAACUCCCGCACGGAAGUUCAUGAUCAAUUUUCAAACUGAUACCUCCUCGAGAACAGAUUUAUUUCAGCACAGGGUCUUUCUUGAAAAUAAUAGUCAAUGGCAGGAUGUGUUUAUUUCUUUCAGUGAUUUUGUACUCACAAACAAGGGCAAAAUACAAAUACAGUACGACGAGGAGUUUGAGAAGGAUCGUGUGAGGAGCGUUGGAUUCUCCAUUGCUGAUAAAAAAUUUGGGGAGUAUAGCUUACUCAUAGACACCAUUGAGUGUCUCUACGGAGACGAAUAUGCUGAAAAGUUAACUCAGGCGAGAAACAAUCCACUUUUAGAGUCUAACGACUCAAUAACAAAUACGCUCAAUUAA